AUGUCGUCAGCAUCUAUGGGGAAGGGAAUGGCGACCGCUCAAGAGCAAGCUGAGUGCGAGAGCGACCGGCUCGACAAGAUCACCGAGCUCAAUGCUACCCAGUCUCCACUUCUCCGUCUACCCACCGAGAUUCGCAAUCAGAUCUACACCUAUAUCUUCAGCGAUACUAUCUACAACCUGGAUAGGAUGAAGUGGCUAGACGACGAAACCGUCACGUUCUCGAUCUAUCGUGCCCCUCCGUUCUCUGAUUAUGUGGGUAGCGUGGUACUACCUUUCGCCUGUCGCCAGCUACACCACGAAACUUCCUUGCUGCCCUACCAGCUCGCGACAUUCGACUUCGGCAAAGCGCACGUCAUCCAUAACGAUAUCUUUCCUGAACAUGCGGCUAUGACGGCUUUUAUCAAGGCAAGGACGAAGGCACAGGUCGAGAAUCUCGGCAAGAUCCAAAUAGAUGUAGAAUGGCGGAGACUUUCUCCGCGGAUCAGGACCGGGAACGGCGCCUACUGGGCUGCAGAGCUGGGUCGCCGAAAGUUCUUCAGUUAUCUGUCGGAGGACGAGCUGGUCAAGUUUUGGGGGUCGUAG